AUGACAGCAAGUGGUUACGCUAAUUUCAUCUAUGACCUUUUUGCCUGGACAUUCCUCAUCAUCUUUGACAUUUUCUUCAGAGAUGUGAAAACACGGGGAGCUUUCAACAUCCCGAGCCAAGGUCCGGUAAUCCUUGUGGUUGCACCUCAUUCCAAUCAGUUUGUGGACCCAUUGAUGGUUCUAAUACAAACAAAGAAAUCGACAGGGAGAAGAAUUUCUUUCUUGAUGGCAGCAGCUUACUAUCGAAAGAAAUUUAUCGGUGACCUAGCAAGGCUAACUAGAGUUAUUCCAGUAGAAAGAGCUCAAGAUGGCUUGAAGCCUGCCUCUGGUACAAUUCAUUAUGCCGAUUUUGAGAAAGAUCCCUGUCUAAUUGAAGGAACUGACACAAAGUUCACCCAGGAGUGUGAGGCUAAAGGACUGAUAGGUCUACCUAGAUCUGGUGGAUUUGGUAAGAUCGCAGAGGUCCUAAGUGACACUCUACUGAGAUUGCACAAACCUUUCUCGUCAGAUAGAGCUAUCAAAAUUAUUAAGGGCUCUACUACUUACAAAACUGCCCCCAAAAUCGAUAAUUCAAUGGUUUUCAAACAUGUCUUUGAUCACCUCCAUAGCGGAGGUAUUCUAGGAAUCUUUCCAGAAGGGGGUUCCCAUGAUAGAACUGAACUUUUACCACUUCAACCUGGUGUGGCACUAAUGGCAUUAGGUGCUUUAGCCGAAAACUCAGAACAGCCAAUUACAAUCGUUCCUUGUGGGUUGAACUAUUUCCACCCAAAUAAGUUUAGAUCUAGAGCUGUUGUUGAAUAUGGAAGUCCUAUCGUUGUGGGCGAGGAACAAGCAAGGGCCUACAAGGAAGAUUCUAGGAAGGCCGUUGCGGAACUUUUGAAAACUAUAUCCACAGGUUUGAAAACUGUGACAGUUCAAUGCGAAGACUACGAGACUUUGAUGAUUCUUCAGGCUGCCAGAAGGCUUUACCAGUACCCUAAAAAGAAAAUUCCGCUUCCCUUAGUUGUACAGAUGAACAGAAAUUUAACAAUCGGCUACACAAAAUUUAAGGACCUCCCAGAGAUAGUGCACCUCAAGAACUCCGUGCAAACGUACAAUUACAGGUUGAACAACUUAGGGCUGAAAGAUCAUCAGGUGCAAACAGUAAAGUUUAAACCUUUCAAAGCUGUUGCUUUGCUGGCGUAUAGACUUGUGAAGUUACUCAUCCUAGCUGUCCUAAGUCUUCCCGGCACUGUUCUGUUCUCACCUGUCUUCAUUGCUUGUAAGUAUAUUUCUCAUAAGAAAGCUAGAGAAGCACUUGCCAACUCUGUUGUCAAGAUUAGGGCCAACGAUGUGUUGGCCACUUGGAAGCUGAUGGUGGCGAUGGUGGCAGCUCCUUGUCUCUAUGCUUUUUAUUCCACGCUAGGUACAUUCUUGAUUUUCAAGUACGAUAUCGCAAUUGUUCCCUAUCAAACAAAGAGCAUAGUUGUUACUUUUAUAACUGCAUGGAUCAUCUUGGUAUGUACGACAUAUGCUGCGUUCAGAAUAGGUGAAAUCGGAAUGGAUACUUUGAAGUCCAUGAAGUAUUUGACAUGGUCCUUGCUUCCAUCCGAGGCACUUGAAGAGUUGAAAGCUGAAAGGGCUCGCCUUUCCUUGGAAGUUACUGAAGUCUGCAACAAUCUAGGUCCAAAAGUGAUUCCAGAAUUCGCCAAGGAUCUUGAAAAGAUUGAGGCUAGCAAUGAGGAGCAAGAGGAAGAGGAGAUAGAAGAUGAGGAAAAGGAGCAACUUUUGAACAAGACGCGUCUUGGAAGGGCACCCUCCACUUCGUCUGUGAACUCCCUUAGGUCUGUUACUAGUAGCACUAGCAUGCCUUCUGAGUUAGGCGAGGUGGCCAUAUUUAGUGAACUCCCAACUAGCUCCCGGGGCUCGAUCAGAAGCCGCUCAAGCUCCCUAUCAGAAAGCGAAACGACAGGCCUGUCUACAGGAAUUGAGGCCAAGAACGUCAGGUCCAAGAUUCAAGAACGGAUCUUCCAGAAAAUGCGUAACGAACAAAUUAAUGAACCGAAGUAA